GGAGUUUCGAAAGGUUGCGGCGGGGCGAGGAGAGCGGUCGAUGUGGCGCCGGAGCGUUGAAGGAACACUGGUCUGUUGUCUCUCCUUCAGAGGAGACCGUUUGUGUUCCGCCUCAGAUCCGAGCCGCUUCGGACAUUGUUCCGUCCAGACAGUGGAUGAAAGCACCGUUCUGUGUCCUCGCUGUCACUUUAAGGGGGCCUUUCAGAAGGGUGGGGGCCUUUCAGAGGGUGGGGGCCUUUCAGACAAACUGCCCCGUCCCCGGUGUCUGCCUCAGACGGCCCCAGUGUCUGCCAGAGGAUCCGGGCUGCAGCUGGGAGGAGGCAGAUUAGCAUGCUGCUGGGCGAGGAGGAGGAUUGUGGGUAAAAGAGGCUGCAGCAGAUGUGAGUCGGCGUUCGGGUCUUUGGGUCAGAUCUAGUUCCCUCAUCUCUCCAGCCUCGCCGUAUCCCAGGGUCUCCUUUGUGUCGCCCGGCCUCUCGGCAUGCUGGACCUCAACCCUCCAGACGACAGCGGUGACGGGACGCCGGUCCGGGACCCGGUGUCUCUGAACGUGGGCGGACAGGUCUACACCACGACCCUGGACACGCUGACGCGGUACCGAGACUCCAUGCUGGGCGCCAUGUUCACCGGGCAGAUCCCCGCGCUCCGGGACCGCCGGGGGAACGUCUUCAUCGACCGGGACGGGAACGUCUUCCGGCACAUCCUCAACUUCCUGCGCUCCGGCGCCCUGGAUCUGCCGCGGGGCUUUAAAGAACUGGCCCUGCUGAGGAGGGAGGCGGACUUCUUCCAGAUCCGGCCUCUGGUGGAGGAGCUGGCCCACCUGGAGGCGGCGGGGCCCCUCAGCCUCAGGGGGGGGCCCCUAGCUGCCAUGAUUAUCGUCAACUGUGACUCCAAGGUGCGUCUUCUCCACUAUAACUUGCGCCACGGGCCGGAAAACUACGAGCUGCGCACGUGCUCGGUUCGAGCGUUCGCCGUCGACCUGUUUUGUACCUGGAGGGCCUUUCUGGCCCUGCUCUGCGAGCGCUUCUGCUACAGGACGUCCCAGGGCGCCGCCCGGCCUCACCCGUGCGACCCUGGAGGGAGCCGCCUGAGGCUGGAGUGGGCGCCGAGGCCCGACCAGCUCCCGCAGGACCAGUACGACAAGCAGCGCUACCGCGGGCUGGCCGUGCGCGACGCCGAGGCGGCGGCGGCGGACGACGUCCCGCCGGGCCCCCGCCCGGUCGGCGACAUGCAGAGCUUCCUGGAGGAGCUGCUGAAGGUGUCUCUGGCCGAAGGGUUCCGCGUGGACCUGGCCUCGCCGGACCCGGCCGACGUCCUCCACUGCGCUUCGCUCCGACUGGUGAAGGGCUGAAGGCAGCCGAGAGUCCAGGAGCAGGACCGACACCGGGAUCCGCCCCUGGUCCUGAUCACUCACCACUUUAACAUCCAGCGUUCUAUCAAUGCGAUUGUCUUUCUGUAAUGAGUCAGUCUCUUUAAAACUGGCAUGUCCUCUCAGACUAAAUAAUCCCAAUAAUCCCAACCCCAAGUGGUCAGAAGUUCACAUUCUCUACACUUUGAAGGAUGAAGCCUUUGCUUGCUGAACACACUCCACACCUGCAGCGACCUGCGACCUUCACGACCUUCACCUCCAACAUCAAGACAAACCGCUGACUGCUGUUAAAGCCUGAAGCUGCUGCGUGGCAUUAGAAUUCCUGUCAUGACAUCUCAUGGAGAUGUUUCGAUGCUUUUGCUCUUUCAACACUACUUUGUUGAUGUGUAACCAGAUGUUGAGUUGAGCCUGCAGAGAGAAAAUGAGUCCAUAUUGACUGGAACGUGUCGUCAGGACCGCCUGUCCUUUUCCAUUCAUCAUUCCUCUACUUUCACCAUUUCUGGAUGAGUUGAGAGCUGACGUGUCUGAGAGGACACCUUCAGUCUGAACCGUCUGAAGCGACGUUCUGACAGUGAGUCUGAAAGACUUCAGGUAUAUCACAUAACUGAACACGGAUGGCCUUGGUUAAGAGUUGUUGAAUGAAGUCAUCAGAGGCCUCCAUCUAAACUAGUGUUUGACAGUAAACGAUAAAACAUCCAGCCCACCUGCCCAGUCCUGUGGUUGCUGUGGUCUGAUUGGUGGACUGGAGUCAGGAUGAGUCCCCGGACUGGACGCCAUAGUGGAACAGAGCCUGGUAGCUCGUCUGCUGGAUCAGACCACGAGGGCCAGCCUUCAUCCCCGCCUCUGUGUGUGAGCCUUUUCUCUGGACUCCAUCACAGAUUCAUGUGCUUUCCUUCUCUGGAGCAGCUUUGAUGGAGCAGGCCUCUGCAGAUCAGCAUUCCACCAGAAGACCUACUGCUCUGGAGCUAAUCGGACUCUUCCAGCUGUCGGAGACGUUCCUUCCUGCCUCAGGUGUCAAACAUCCAGGUGCUGUGAUGAAGAGACAGUCAUCAUUCUCUUCACCUGUCCUGGCAUGGUGACCCUGGAUCAUAAUGUUAUGGCUGAUCAGGGUUUGUCGGCCAUCUUGGUUAUUAUAAUUACAAGUCUGAAGAGUUUAAAGACGCCAGCAGGGACGUGUUUUCGUUACAGUUGAUUGGUUGGUUGGUUAGCUGUUGGGUUUGUUAGUAGGUUGUUGGAUUGAGUUGGUG